AUAAUAGUAUCAAUCCUCUGAAUAAAACUGGUAGACAAUGCCACCAUCGAUUUUUUUCUUUUUUUAAAAUAAAUGAUCAGACAAAUGCAAAUUUAAAACGCUGAUGCUCCUGUUUUAUUCGUUCACACAUUCGUGUGCACAUUGCAGUCCUUUUAAAUUAUUUAUCUCGUCCAAAACCGACAGAAAACUGGAAAACUUGGCUGUAGCAGGGUUUCGGGUUUGGUUUCACGAGUAGUUCCAGUUGUUUAUUAUCCGUGUCAUCUGUAAAGUGUUUUUUCUUUCUUUUUAACAAGAAUUUGGAAUUUCUUUGCAAGAGUAAAUGUAGGAAGCAGAGGAAACCAGAACAAACAGUCGCAACGACGAAACAAGAAAAAAAGAAAAAAAAAGUCAGAUCCCAUGUGACUAAACUAACCAAUCGACGCUCGUUCCGCAGACGCGACCUUUCUAUUGGUUGCGUUUCGAAACCACAGGUGGGCCGGUGGGCAGGCAGGUCAUUAACGGCUUUCGAAGAGCGCAGCGCGUCGCUUGUACGGAAUGUGCGUACGUUUUUUCUUACUUUGUUCAAAUUAACUACAGGACAGACCUCGUUGUGUCUGUUUCAGGUGAUCGCCAUGCGAAUCGAAAGCGUGACUCUUCAGAGCUAUCUAAGCUUCAGACACGAAACGACAGUUGGUCCAUUUUCAAAGGGGCUCAACGUGCUAAUUGGCUUGAAUGGAAGUGGCAAAAGCAACAUAUUGCAUGCUCUCACUGAUGUGCUAAAUGACGCUUCCAUUUCGACGCAACCAAGCGGAAGACGUUAUCUGCUCCACAAUGGUGAAGCCCGCGCAUCCAUUACCGUAGUUAUCAACAACGAGGAUCAACGCAUACAAGGCUCCAAAUUUAUCACACUGAAGCGAGAAAUCAGCCCGGUGACAAAUAAAUUUUACAUCGAGAAGAAACUGGUGGAAAAAGAGAAAAUUCGUGACCUGCUGAGUACCGUGGGGAUGGCUCAAGAAAUAAACCACCAUAUCAUUUCACAGGGACAGAUCUUAAGCAUGACCCUGGUAAGCCCAGAAGAGCGCAUGCUGCAGCUGAAAACCUUCCUGGGACUGGACAAAUUUGAAUACGCCAUCACGACGGGCAACAGUUGGCUGAAUGAUGCCAUUCACGCCAGAGAAAAGUUGCGGGAAGAGGUUGCACGUCAGACCCGUGCCCUCGAGGCGCAGAGUACGGAACUGGAACAAGUCAAACGGAGAGGAAUCUUGGAGCAAAAAGACAGGACAAUCUCUUGCAUUCAAUAUCGAAGAGAGCAAGCCAAGCUCAAGAAAAAGCUGCAGGAGGCGAGAGAAAAGCUACAACGACAGUCUUCAGAGGAGGAGCAAGAGCUGCGGACAAUCAGAAACAGGCGUACACUACUAGAGCACGAAAUUGAAUUGGAGGCCGAUCGGGAACGGUUGGACCAGGUUCGAUGGGAACAGGAUAUGGAACAAGGAGAAGAGAUUGCUCGGCAAAUUCAACGUACCAGAUGUCGGGGCCAAGAACUGGAGGAAGAAGUUGACAAAAUGGAAACAGAGAUAAACUUAAAAAGCAACCGACUUGUCGAAAUGACAAGUAAGGCCCAGGAAAUAGAUGACGAACUGUUAAAGCUCCAACAGAAGAUCGAUGGACGAGAACAGACCACUGCAGAGCUUCUAAAUGAAACUAAAGCCUCGGAGCAGAAGAAAGGAGCCACGAUCGGUGCUCACAGCAGAGCCAACAUGAACCCGGAAGAACGCAACACGUUUCUGCGGAACCGUCUGGCCUGGAUUCGCGAAACUUGCCAUCGUAAACAGAACGAGCUUGAUGAUCACACACGAGCCAUAUCACAAGCACAGGAAGAGUUAGCUAGAGCACAGCAGGAGCUGACAAGAGGCAAAGCUGAACAGGAGCAUCUUAACCGGUUCAUUUACCAGUUUCACCAAGAGGUCAUGGAUUUAAAAAAGCAGAAAAGGAAGACCAUCGAGGACAUCACGGACCUCGAAAGGCAAAGAGCCGUUAAAAGCCAGGUCGAACGCAACAGCCAAGUGCACGUCCGUGAAGCAUGCAGCAAACUAGCAAGGGUCAUGGGAAAGGGUGCAUGCCAGGGCUGGCAAGGAAUAGAGAAAGUAGUGAGGGAUCUAAGGACCACUCACGGGGAUGACCAUCCUCUGGUGAAGUCUUAUCAUGGGCCUCUGGUAAAGUAUCUGGAAGUAGACGAAAAUUAUGAAGUCCCUGUCAAUGUGGUGAUGGGAUCCAGGAUGUUCAAGUUGAUAGUGGACACAGAUACAGCGGCCACAGGUUUGUUAAAGAUCUUCAACCAGAAGAAGAUGCCUGGCUGGGUGGAAUUUUGUGCUCUGAACCGACACAUGAAGCCUCCAGAAGAACUUGACGUUCCAGAACAGUUGACCCAGGACCUCAUUCCACUGACUUCAUGCGUCCGAUCCGCUGCCAUAGCGCGCGAUUUUGCAGAAUCACUUCUGGUCCGUAAAUUCCUUUGUCGAACCAUGCAGCUGGCAGCGCACGCGAGAAAAAUCCUCCGAGGGGCUACGUUGAUCACCCCAGAGGGUGACAGAUUGGACCCGAGAGGAGCAAUGACCGGCGGAUUUAUUGACACCACGAAGCUGGGAACGAGUCUUUUCAGGACUUACAAAGAAGUCUCAGAUGCGUACAGUGCCCUCGUUAGUGAGGGGAAUGCACUAGAUCAAAGGAUAAAAGAUCUCCGAGCUCUACAAGAAGAAGUGGACAGAAGGAUCGAGCGUAUCAACAGGAAGCUGGAACACCACAUAAAUUCUGUGGCAGACAACAAGCACAAAAUAGCUGCUUUUGAAAGAGAAAUUGCUACGUUUCAAGAGCUCGUCGACGGAAAACGUGAAGCCGUGAAGGUGCUUCAGGACGAGGUGCAGCUGCUGAGGAGAGAAGAGGUCCUCAUGGUCGACGAACAGCAUAACCCUCCACAAGCGGGACUCAGCGAACAAGAGUUGGAAGAAUUGGGAGAGCUGGAACAUCGGAUACGAGACAUGAGGAGGCGUUUCAGGGAGGAGAAUAAACUUCUUCAGGAACUUAAAGCCGCACGCUCUUCGAAGGCGCUCGAGAAAAGAUACCACAGCAGGACCUUGGAGGAGCUGAAUCAGGAAAUAGAGGAGCUGAAAGAAUCGCAUGAUCUGAAACAGGCUGAGAUUGAAGAGUCAGCACGUCACUUUAGCAUGAUGAAAAGGAAAAGGAGAAUCUCCAAUGUUGAUCAGCCGCGUCCAGUGUCAGAAAAACUAAAGGAUCUCAAAGAGGAGUUGCAUCUUUUGCUCGAACUCGAGCAGCGAAAAAAAGCUGAGCGAUCGGAAAGUCAGGCUGAGCAAGAUGCUUGCCGGCAAUUGAUGGCUUCACUGGAAGAACAGAUUGCUCAUUAUCAACGCUUGAUCAACAAAUGCGGUGCACCUUCUAGCUUCUACAGCGAAUACGACAAGAUGGAAACAAGCAGGGUGCGGCAGAUACAGAAGGAGCUAAGAGCUCAGCUUGAGCGUUACACACAUCUCAAUCUUCGGGUUAUGCGUGACUACGAUCGUAAAGUGCGCGCAAGAGAUGAUGCCGCCCGCAGAUUAGCCGACCUGGACACAAGUGAACAGCCCAUAAAGAAUGCACGAGACAGCCUGCAAGAAAACAGGGUCGAAGCUGUUACACUGAACAUCAAGCAAGUGUGUGCCUACUUUGAGCAGAUCUUCAAGCGCUUUGUCCCACAAGGUCGCGCAAAAGCUGUCAUCUCAGUGGACCACACUAGUCAAGAGGAAGGACAGACACAAGUGGACAGAAUGGUGAGACUGGAACUCAAGGCAUCGUUCCUCGAACACGGAGAGUUCAUGGACAUGCGGCAUCUCUCUGGUGGACAGAAAUCAGUUGUGCAACUCUGCUACACACUAGCUUUGCAGAAGGCAGACAUGUCACCAUUUUUCUUGUUUGACGAAGUCGAUGCCGCAUUGAGUGGGAGGCACUGUGCAACAUUGGCUGAAAUUGUUAAAGAGGCGAGUGAAACGGCACAAUUCAUCUGCGCAACGUUCAAACCCGAGCUCGUAAAUGUGGCCGAAAAUGUGUUCUACGUGUACAACAAGCAUGGCGCCACACACCUAAGAAAACUCACACACGAAGAAGCCAUGUCCUUCAUCACGGCAAGUUCGCGCCGCCAGAUGCACAUUGCGUCAGGGUUAGCAGCUCUUUCGCCACCACGAGAUUUGCAAGAAGCGCUCGAGCAGGACAGUCAGCUGACGACGUCUAUAAGGACACGCCAAAGUCUGUCGUCUUCGGGAUUGGAAGAUGACGAUGCGUCACCUGCUAGGACACCACAGAGGCAGACGAGCUAAUGGAAAAACAUUUCCAGCUUCCAGGCUACCAAGGCAGGACACUUGGGUUUCCUGUGCUUAUUUGUUGUUAUAUUGGUGUACGUUACAUUCACUGACUGACGUGGUUGCAUCACCUGACUCAUAACCUAAUUUAGUUUUAUUUGCCACAGUGACACCUCCCAAUAUAUUGAACUACGGACUUAUUUAUUUUUAUUGACUAAUUUAUCUAUUUAUUUAUUACUUAUUUAUUUAUUAGCAACUAAAACCUUACUUGGAGCUGAGUCAUCUAGUCUUGCUAAUAUACUAGCUACUAGCCUCCAUUAAACUUGUCACUUGUCUUUGCAUUUACACAGUUCAGUCACAUAUUAUUUGUGUGACAAAGGGUACACAUUCCUAACAUGACAAAUUUAUUUAUUGAUGCGUUCACUAGUCAUUUUCUGCAGAAAUAUGUAUUUACAAGGAUUUAUGACAAUGCUGUUAACAGCAGAAAAAGUGUAUAAUAAAUUGUAUUUUUUUCUAUUGCAUUCGUGUUUACUGUCUUAAUGUCCCUGUUGACAAAUAAAAUGCAGAUUCACUCA